AUGUAUUGCGUGCCACCACUUUAUUGUGUUAUGUAGUGGGUGUACUGAUUAAUUAGGUAUAGACAAGAAAUGUCUUUCAAUUGUUUUCGGAAAUUUUAUGAUUUCUUUAUUAAAUUAAAAAAGAUUAGGACAUAGAAGGGAAUAAAAAUAAAGUGGUGCAUUCAUUUUUAUAAGAAGGCAAUAACAACAAUUAAAAACUAAAUUACAAAACCAGUAAAAGAAAUCUCCAUUGGCUAUUGUUGAGGCAAUAGAUCAUGGGAAGAACAUUAGCUCAGAGAAGGAGUUGUAUGUCAUGUGUGAGAUACCUUAUCAUUAUUGUAAACUGUCUCUACAUGAUAGUUUCCAUGGCAAUAAUUGGUGUUUUCUUGUGGAUGGCUUUGGACCAGGUUGACCCAGUGAAAGGAGUUACUGGCUCUGAUUUGGUUCUAAUAUCUGUGUCCCUCUUAGUUAGUGGAGGCAUUCUCCUUCUCCUAUCUACCUGUUUCGGCAUUGCUGCUGCAUCUGCUGAAAAUUUUGCCAUGAUGAUUGUAUACAUAAUAGCAAUUCUUCUCGUCCUUCUGGCUUUUGUGGCAGCAUCCAUAUGUAUUGCAGUCUUCAAAGCCACACUAAACGAAAAUGUAAGAAUGGACAUGGAAAACAUCUUGAGAUACCAAUAUGGUGACACUUCUGAUAAUCACAACAUACAAAUUACAAAAAGCUGGGACAAAGCUCAAAGCACAUGGCAUUGCUGUGCAGCUGGAGACAAAACCUGGGCCCUCUACCAAGAAAGUAAAUGGUUUGCCAUGAAUAUUGACCCCAGAGGCAAGCCAUUUGUACCGCUAUCUUGCUGUGAACAAACUCCAGAUGGUCAAAUUAAAAACGUAAAUACAUGCCAGUUAACUAAGCCACCUGCCAUUGGAGAUCAGUACCCUGGAUCACCAGCUCCAGUUUACUACAGAGGCUGCUAUGAAACAUUGAAAGAUUUCUUGCUGCCAGAUCAAGUAUCAUGGUUCACAGGAAUUUUCUGGGUUGGAAUAUGUGGAGGCGUUCUUAUGCUCUUUGUCAUCAUACUGGGAAUAACGUUUAGCGUUCAAAUCAGGCAGGAAUCAUCAUCGUCAUCAAUUAAUGCAAAUGAAUUAGAAUUUCUCUCAAAAUCUACCCCAAAAUUUGUCAUGAACAGCAGCAGCAACAGCAAUAGUUUAUCUCUGCAGCAAACAGCGCCACAUCAAUACAUAUUUUAAAGUUGACAAAGACCAAAUACCAAUGAAAAAAGUGGAUUCAUUAGAAUCAUUUUAUAAUGAGAAAAGAUAUUAGGGAAUAUAACAUAUAAAUCAAUCAUGUAAUUUUUUAGCCAUAUACUGAUCGAAUUGUAUUAAAUUUUACGACAAAUCAUGGAUAAAUAUUAGAUAAACAAGUGACAAAUAUAUAUACAGUAAGCUUCUGAAAUUCAUAUAGUCUGUACAUUUAGUUGUUCUCUGUGUUUUUUUCUAUUUUUCAAUUAACAGUCAGUUAUUUCCUACGAAUGUAUUUAACAAU